AUGGCUGCCCUGGUGGAGCCGCUGGGGCUGGAGAGGGACGUGUCCCGGGCCGUGGAACUUCUCGAGCGGCUCCAGCGUAGCGGGGAACUGCCCCCGCAGAAGCUGCAGGCGCUCCAACGAGUCCUACAGAGCCGCUUCUGCUCCGCCAUCCGGGAGGUGUACGAGCAGCUCUAUGACACGCUGGACAUCACCGGCAGUGCUGAGAUCCGGGCUCACGCCACAGCCAAGGCCACGGUGGCUGCCUUCACGGCCAGCGAGGGCCAUGCCCAUCCCAGGGUAGUGGAGCUUCCCAAGACGGACGAGGGCCUGGGUUUCAACAUCAUGGGUGGCAAGGAACAGAACUCCCCCAUCUACAUUUCCCGAGUCAUCCCCGGGGGCGUGGCUGACCGCCACGGGGGCCUCAAGCGUGGGGACCAACUGCUGUCGGUGAAUGGCGUGAGCGUCGAGGGCGAACAGCAUGAGAAGGCCGUGGAGCUGCUGAAGGCGGCUCAGGGCUCCGUGAAGCUGGUGGUGCGUUACACACCCCGCGUGCUCGAGGAGAUGGAGGCCCGCUUCGAGAAGAUGCGCUCCGCCCGCCGGCGCCAGCAGCACCAGAGCUACUCGUGA